AUGGAGGGAACAAAAGCGAUCAACGUUACACUUCAACGUGAUAGUUUGCACACUCCAUGGGGUUUUCGGUUACAAGGAGGUGCCGAUUUUUGUAUGCCCUUUGCUAUUAAUAAAAUAACUGCUGGUAGUCCUGCUGAUGGUGCUCUUCAUCGUGGUGAUGUUAUUCAUGAAAUCGAUAAUAGACCAAUCAGUGGAAUGCAACAUGCUGAAGCUCUUGCAAUCGUACAGCGGGCUGGUGGUCAAGUAUCAUUUCUCGUACAAAGAGGAUUAACUCCUCUUGCAUCGAUUAUGUAUCAACAGCGUCCAACGUCAGCGAUGCCGUGGUCUUUAACUAAUGCCACUUCAUAUUUAGAAAAGAAUUUCAAUCAAUAUUGGCCUUCGUCAGAAGCAACAGCAACUGGAUUUAAUCCUCCACCUGCUCCUACGACACUUUACCGAAGUCGAGCAUUGGAGAGAAUAGCCGAUCCUAAGCCGUUACUUAGUCAAACAGGGAGUCCUCUUAUGCCUGGUCCAGUUCCGUCAGUAUCAACUAAAACGCGUGGUUAUACGCAACCGCCGAUUUUUCAUACGGAACGAAUUAACGGAUCUAAUGCAUCACCAGCGGAUUUCUCAUAUUCAUCUGCUCGCUAUAAUAACUACAGUUCACCAGCACAAAAUUCAUCAAAUCAUGAAUCUAAUGCUUAUUUGCCUUCUUAUCAAAAGAAGGUUGCAGCUUAUCCAAUUGUUCAAAAAAGAAACAUAAAUGAUGCACAACGUCAACGUAAUCAUCAGCAAUAUGUAACAAUGACAAGACAACCACAACAACAACAUCAACAACAACAACAACGACAACCUUAUCGACCAUCAUCAGUACAGCCAGGCGGUCUUGUCAAUCGUCAAUACAAUUCACCUAUGUCACUUUAUUCGAAUGAUAAUGUUCAAGAAGUGAUGAAAAAUCAUGUUAAUCAUGUAACUCGUGUCAGCAUCAUACCAUCGACGCCUAAUGUGCCACGUGUUAACUAUGCAGUUGCAGUUACACCAUCACAUAAUACACAUACAACAGCAAAUGCGCCUGUUUGCUAUGUACAAUCAAGACCAAAUGUGUAUGCAUCAGAUUUCUAA